GCCGCAGCGCCGAGGAAGCCGCUGCCUCCUCAGCCCGAGCCGCCGGAACCGCGAAAACGAGAGGCCGAGCCAGGUUGAGGAUGGAGGAGGAGCCGUCGGGGCCCGGCCCGGCCACACCGGCCACUGCAGAGCCCAGCUCCAGUGACACCGACAAGGAGGUGUUGGCCCCGGCGGUGCCAGCCACAAGCGCCACUGCCUCCACCUCCUUGGAGGAGGCGCCGGGCCCCAACCGGGCAGCCACGCCCCCAGUGUGGCCCACAGGGACACAGCAGGGUGCCUCCCCAGCCUCAGACCCAGGACCCAGCCCUGGUCCAGCCGGCACAGCCCCGGGGACCAGUGAGGAGCUGCGGCCUCCCAGACGUCGCCCAGCACCAGGGAAGCAGAUACCCUGCUCCAGCCCUGGCUGCUGUCUCAGUUUCCCCAGCGUUCGGGACCUGGCACAGCAUCUUCGUACGCACUGCCCCCCCACACAGUCCCUGGAAGGCAAGCUCUUCCGCUGCUCGGCCCCGAGCUGCACCGAGAGCUUCCCCAGCAUGCAGGAGCUGGUGGCGCACAGCAAGCUGCACUACAAGCCCAAUCGCUACUUCAAGUGUGAAAACUGCCUCCUGCGCUUCCGCACGCACCGCUCGCUCUUCAAGCACCUGCAUGUCUGCGCAGAGCAUGCGCAGAGCCCCGCCCCGCCGCCGCCCCCGGCCCUGGACAAGGAGCCCCCAGCGCCGGAGCGGCCUCCGGAGCCUGACCCCGCGUCGGCGCCGGGCCUGCAGUUCCCGCUGCUCGAGCCCUUCACGACCCCCGCCCCGGCGCCCAGCGGGCCCUUCCUACCUUACCUGAACCCCGCGCCCUUCGGCCUAAGCCCCCCACGCCUGCGCCCCUUCCUGGCUGCGGCGCCCGGGCCACCGGCCUCCAGCGCUGCCGUCUGGAAGAAGAGCCAAGGUGCUGGCGGCAGCCCCCGAAGACCCCAGGGCGGCUCCGAUGCGCCCUCAGGGCACGCGGCUCCGGGCCGCAUCGUGUGGGAGCACACGCGCGGCCGCUACUCGUGCAUGCAGUGCGCCUUCUCCACGGCCUCGCGGCCCGCCAUGACCCUGCACCUGGAGGACCACCGCCCCGGCGCCCCCGCGGCCCCGGCGUCCGGGCCGCGCCCCGACGCCCCGGCGGACCCGGCCCCGCUUGCACCCAGUGCGUCGCCGCUGCUGUCAGAGGGGGAGCUUCCAGUCUUCUCGCCUCUUUGAUCCGGGCUGAGAUGGGGGGCGGGCGGCGGAGUUGAAGAGUUUUGUAAUUUGAGGUGGGGACAAUAAAAGAGGCGCGA